UUUUUAUAUGCAAAAGAAAAAUCUGAGAACCUUGUUUAUGUCCACUGAAUGGAAUGAAAGUGUCUAUGCAAAGGAAACUCUUGGGAAAGAAGUUGCGAGACACAUCAUUAGUCCAUAUUUUUGGAAUGACACUGUUCAAGCACUUAAAGUUGGUGGUCCUUUAGUUAAUGUACUUCGUAUGGUGGAUGGGGAGAAAAAACCACCAAUGGGCUACAUUUAUGAAGCCAUGGAUAGGGCAAAAGAAAGUAUUGAAAAGGCAUUCAAUUAUGAUGAAAGGAAAUAUAUGAAUGUUUUCAAAAUCAUUGAUGCAAGGUGGACGGAUCAACUUCAUCAACCUUUACAUGCAGCAGGACAUAUUUUGAACCCGGGGCUCUAUUAUAAAAAUAAUGAGAUGAAGACUUUAACUGAAGAAGUGUGGUUGGGAUAUCAUGCAUGUGUUGAGAGGAUGAUCCUAGAUAAAACUUUGCAAGACAAAAUAGGGGAUGAGCUUGGUGUGUACAUGAAAGCUGAUGGGCUACUUGGAAUUGAGUCGGCCAUUAGAGCUAGAACCUUAAGGUCACCAGUUGAAUGGUGGAUGCAAUAUGGUCAUAAUGUCCCAAACUUGCAACAAUUUGCUAUUAGAGUGCAAAGUUUAACUUGUAGCUCAUCCGGUUGCGAGAGAAAUUGGAGCAUGUAUGAACAUAUUCAUACUAAAAAGAGAAACAGGCUUGAGUUAAAACGCCUGAAUGAUCUAGUGUUCAUCAAAUAUAAUAGAACAUUGGUGCGUCGCUACAAUGCUCGCAAUACCAUUGAUCCAAUUUUGUUGGAUAAUAUUGAUGAUGCAAAUGAAUGGUUAACUGGAGCACCCCAAAAUCAUGAAGAUGAAGUAUAUGAAGGAGAAGGUCUCACUUAUGGUGAUGUUGCUAUGGCUAGUGGUGUGGAGGAGAAUAUUUAUGGUUUUAGGGGGAGUACUUUAAGGGGCAAGGAAAAAAGAGUAGCUACAGGUUCAAGUUCAUGUUCAAAUAGAAGUAGAACUCUUGUUGAUGAGUCCUCCGAUGAGGAAGAAGAUGAGGACCAAGUAGAAGUAGAAUCCUUGUUGAUGGCACUUCAAGAGUUUGAGGAUCUUGUUGAAGAAUAGGAUUUUGCUCUCUUUGUGAUUUGGUUAUGCAUUUGCUUUAUAUGUUGUUACUUAUGAGGAUUAUUGACUAUCUAGUUAUUUUUUAAUCUAAUUCUU